AUGCCCAUUGGCGACACCAUCACGGCUGCCUGCGACCUCAUUAGCGAUGGUGAAGACGCCGCUGCUUCCCUCUUUGGCAUCUCGGAGACGGAAAACGAUCCUUGCGGCGACGUGACAGUCUUGUUUGCUCGAGGCACUUGCGAUCCUGGAAACGUCGGCGUGCUUGUCGGCCCUUGGUUCUUUGAUUCUCUGCAGACGGCGCUUGGUAGCAGGACCUUGGGCGUCAAGGGAGUUCCGUAUCCUGCGAGCGUGCAGGACUUCCUGUCGGGCUCCGUUCAGAAUGGCAUCAACAUGGCCAACCAGAUCAAGUCUGUCCUCCAGAGCUGCCCCAACACCAAGCUCGUCCUCGGCGGCUACUCCCAGGGAAGCAUGGUCGUCCACAACGCGGCGAGCAACCUCGACGCCGCGACAAUGUCAAAGAUCAGCGCCGUGGUGCUCUUUGGCGACCCUUACUACGGCAAGCCCGUGGCUAACUUUGACGCGGCUAAGACGCUGGUUGUGUGCCAUGAUGGAGACAACAUUUGCCAGGGUGGUGACAUUAUCUUGUUGCCGCAUUUGACGUAUGCCGAAGAUGCGGAUACGGCUGCUGCUUUUGUGGUGCCUCUUGUUUCUUGA